AAAACUUGUGGAAGGAAAGUCAGGCCGGUUGAAUUUUCGCGAGUUUCGAAUGGACGCGAUCGACUAGAACACAAGGCUCGUAAAUUAUUGUCGAAUAUAUCGACAAACCGCCGUGAUUCAUUUGCUAUAAAUGCUCUGUGAUCUAGUAAGUCGCGAAACGACAAUCCACAAACAACGGGAGUUGGCUGCGACGUUAUCUACGUUUAAAAAUCGUGGGGUCGGGAGUUAAAAGUGCAAACAUGGCGGAAAGAAUGCGCUCUGCCUCGUAUAGUUAUUACGGUGAAUCUAAAUUGUCGUCGGGUGAUGAUUUCAGCCCGAAAAAGACAAUUUUAGUGUUGGUUGUCGUGGUUGGAUGUUUCGCGGUUUUAUGGCCAAAGUUGUUUUAUCCAAUGUUGGUCGCCAACGUCAACAACCAGAUUAAACCGGGCCCGAUAGACAAAACUACCAGAUGUUGCGACGUUAUCUACGACACGGACUUAAACACUAUCAGAAUAAUGUCUGAGUUAUGCAAAUCGAUAAUCAACGCGAAAGCGGAACCACCAACUUCUCAGGCAAUAGUUCGCCAAUGUCGAAAAGCAGUACUUGAAUCCUGCGGUAUUGAUAUCUCCGCCGUUCUGCAAGAAAAAGUUGGACUCGGACAUUCUGUUAAACAAAUACUGGAAGAAGUGCGGUCUUUGAAUGGUUCGCUGUGUCUGAAACACCACUUUGGAGUGUCGCCGUGGAGACUUGGCGUACCACAUCGGGUUACCCUUAGCAUGGGUUCUUCUAGUAUACGUCAAGAACGGCCACAACAUUUAAGACCAGAAAUGAUACACCCGGCAUUUAGAGAAAGAGGUAGAGCAAUUCCACAGUCGGAAGCAGGAGCCAAUUGGAGGACGAACCCUUCUCCGCGGAUUGUUGAAGGACGACCUGGUCCAAUUCCUGGAAUGCGGCCAACUAUUGGAGGCGCUGGUCACGUAGUUCCAUCGAAGCAACAAAACAACGGAGUUAUGGGUCUACUCAUGCCCAUUUAUACAAUUGGCUUUAUAAUAUUUUUCACCUACACAAUUAUGAAGCUUGUUUUCAAGAAGAAAGCAGAUGCCUAUCAAGAAGAAACGUAUCCUUCCUGCGAGACCAAUGAAGAAUUCCGAAAGCAAGUUUUCGAGUCUGCCCAGAACUAUUACAAUCAACGGCCGCACACUAAUAACAGUAAAAUCGGAUGGAAAGAGCGGGACGCAAGAGAUGUCGAGUUGGACCAGCUGCGCAGGCGACUGCGCGAAACUGAACUGGCGAUGGAGCGCGUAGUCAGGCAGAUGACAAGAGCCCCGCUUGUCACGCAGAACGAGGAUAAAUCAGACAGUUCCCUUGUCGCGACACCGAAUGAAGAGGGACCAUCCGUUACCAUUAUGGGCAUGGAAACAACUGCAAGUUGCGAAGGAGGUAAGAAGUGGCAAUGUCCAACAUCUACAAUUCCAAAACGCCAAGUGCCCAUCCAGGAAGAAGCAGAGCCACUGCCGCAGCAAAUAUUUUUGGAAGCUGCCCUUCCACCGCAAUCCCAAAUUCUCGUCGCAGACUCUGCCACCGAAACUGAAAAUAAUACCGACGAAAAUGCGGCAGUGAUUCUUGCCGGUAAAAUGACCUUAUCUGUUAUUAGUUUCGAUUCUGAAAACAGUAUCGAAGAGUCGCCUUCUGCGAAAAAGGAGUAUUUUGAGGAAGAAAGACGAACAAGUAGCAGUAACACGUCCGAUGAAUUCGAAAACAUGGAUGCCUCACAGCUGGAAGACCAGAUCGAUAAUAUUAUAGAAGAGGCCAGGGCUAUAGCGGCCGUCGAAACGUUUGACGAGAGCGAUGAAUUAGAUAAAAUCAAUGAAGAGAUGAAAGAAAAUUUAGACAAAGCUGCAGACACAGAACAACAAGACGUAAUAGAGGGAAUUCGGACUACUGGCGCCUUUGAAUUGUUUGAUCCAAGCGUAGAAUUGAACAAAUUAAAUAAAGAAAUAAAACAAAAUGUUGAUAAAAUCGAGGAUAAAAGCCAGCAAGAUAAGAUAAUAGAAGAAAUUUGGGUUACUUCUACCGCCGAAAAGUUUGAGGCAAACGACGAAAUUGAUAAUAUAAUUGAAAAAGUAAAACAAAACUUAAACAAACUUGAGGACCAAAAACAACAAGAAGUAAUACAAGAAAUUCAAGCUACUCAGAUGGUCCAAAAGUUGGAAAGUAAGGAAUUUGAUAAAAUCAAUGAAGAACUAAAACAAGACUUAAAUAAACUUAAUGAUAUAAAACAAGACAUCAUAGAUGAAAUUCAUGCUAAUGAAGUCGUGAAAACAUUUGAUCCGUACAUGGAAUUGGACAAAGUUAAUGAAGAAGUAAUGAAAAACAUAGAUAGAAUGGCGAGAGUAAAACAGGACGUAAUAAAAGAAAUUCGGUCUACUGAUGAGGCCGUCGAAAAGUUUGACGCCAGCGAGGAAUUGGAAAAAAUAAACGAAGGAAUAAAACAACACUUAGAUAAAGCAAAUAAUGCAAAACAACAAGACGUUAUGAAAGAAAUCAAGGGGCAGCUUAAUUUGAAAGACGAUCUUUUAGGUACUCUUGGUGCCCAAGAAUUUACAUCGUUGGAAGAUAAAUCGUAUGGCGAUGCUAAAAAAAUAGAGGAAUUGUCAUCAAUUUGCGGAGAACAUGUUUGCACAGGAGGAGACAGUCAAAAUGUUUUAAAAGAUAUAUCAAGCGACGAUCAACAGUUAAGGGAACGCGCUGCAGCCCUGGUUCAAAAAGAAAGAGACUUAAACAAGGGCGAGCAUUAUUGUGAAAAUGUAAAUCAAAAAUCUGAAUUAUCAACUAAGAAUGAAGAUUUGACCAACUCGAUUUCUUUACGCGAACUGGAGUGGAUAAACAAAGAACUGGAAUUUUUGUCUGAGCAUCUUGUGGAACAAGAAAACAGCAGGGAUAUUCAACCGCACAAAAUCGCCGGCGAUGAAAAAAAUGUAUUCGGCAACAGUAAUGACCAAAAACCCAUUAAACAGUUAAACUACAUCCACAUACAGUCACAACAGAAUAUUGAAAACAAUAAAAUUGACGCUGAUCAAUCUCGAAGGGCUGAAACUCAUUUAACAGAAAGACAAAGUAACGACGAAGGUGUUACAGGAAAAUCGAUUCAAGAACAAAUCGCGUCCACGGACGAAAACAAACCCGAUUGCGAAUUGCUGAACCCAAAGGUUGUGGAAAUCCAAGACGACACAGGAAACGCACAGGACCUAUUUGAAACUCUGGUGCCAUAUCGAGAAGAGUUUGACGUUAAUUAUGAUUCGGAUAUCGAAAAUGUAGUGGAUGAUGUCGAAUAUGUAGACGAAAGUGAUGAACAAGAGUUGGAGGACGAAAUAAGAAAUCUAGAAGGAUCCGAAGCGCAUUUGGAUAGAAUAACAAACGGGAACUUGAGCGAAAGCAGCACCAAAGUUGUCGAAGUCAACGAAAUUUCCGACUCCACAUCGGAAAGCGAACAAGCAGAUGAAGACGAUGAAGAAAUAGAGGAAAUAAUAGAAUAUGUAGAUAACACAGACGAAGAAGGAGAGGAAAUCAUAGAAAUAUCCAACAACGGUAUGAGACAUAAUCGCGAAAAUGAAACGAAUUAAAACGGUAAAAUUACCUGUUUGUGUUAAAUUAGCGAAUUCGGGGAUGAUAUAAACCAUAGUAAAAUAAAUAAAAAGUAGAAAUAUCUUUUCUACCUGGGUGCGAUUUAGGUUCGAUAAAAAAAAGCAUCUUUUAGCCACGAUAGUCUAGUGCCAAUAAAUGUGAUUUAUUUGGUAACAUUAUACUUGUAAAGCGUAUUUGGAAUUAAAAACGAUUGUAUUAUCCGAACCUAUAGACAAAUAAAAAAAAUGCAUAAUUAAUAUAUACGAAUUUCUACACAUACC